AUGACUGAGAUAUCCCCGCCUGGGACUGGGAUUCAUCCAGCUAGGGAAAUUGAACCUCAUAUCCAUCUAUCUCGACCGUCUUCCAGAGCCUCCAAGACAGAAACCCCAGCGGUUAGAUACCCUCCGAGCCUUCCAACUCAACCACCCACUGUUGAAACUGUGGAACCUACUGAAACUAUUCCUGCUUCGAAGCGCAAGUUGUUAGAAAGACAGUACUUUUUGUCGAUGUGCAUGAGUUUGUUCCUCGCCGGGUGGAAUGAGUCAGUUGCUGGCCCCUUGUUACCCCGAAUGCAAGCCACCUAUCAUGUUGGAUAUACUGUAGUAUCACUCAUCUUUAUCUGUAACUGUGUCGGCUUCAUAUCGGCCGCCCUUGUCAACCUUUGGCUAACGGAUCGUUUUGGGUUUGGAAAAGUAAUUACACUUGGUUCGAUCCUUCAAUUAAUUGCGUACUCAAUUCAAGCUCCCCAACCACCAUUUCCGCUUCUCGUCCUCUCUUACUUCAUCAAUGGUUUUGGUCAGGCUCUCCAAGACGCUCAAUCAAAUGGCCUCGUGGCGGCACUCCCAACAAACCCGCAGGCUAAGAUGUCUAUCUUACACGCCGCCUACGGCCUCGGUGCAUUCUCAUCACCACUUGUCGCAACCCAAUUUACCCAGCGGCGUAAAUGGACAUUUCACUUCUUGACUAGUCUUGGGGUCGCCUUCAUCAACAUGGUGGCCCUGGUAUGGAUCUGCCGUCUUAAGACGCAGGACGAAUUGCUUCGCAAUGUUGGAGUGGUUCACACUGAGGGGCAUAAUGAUUCUACCGAAGAUUCCAAGUUCGCGGAAAUGAUGAAAUCGGGUGUUGUUCAGCUUCUGGCAUCUUUCAUUCUUGUUUACGUUGGAGUCGAAGUAACCAUUGGCGGAUGGAUUGUAUCGUUCAUCGUCGAGAAGCGCGGGGGCGGGAGCAACGCUGGAUAUGUGUCCAGCGGAUUAACACUGGGUCGAAUGCUACUUAUCUGGUUGAAUCAGAAGCUUGGUCCACGCAGGGCCAUAUACCUUUACGGGUUAUGCGCCAUAGGCCUCGAGUUCACAAUUUGGUUCACGCCUUCACUUAUCGAGAAUGCACUGGCGGUCUCCUUUGUCGGUCUCUUUUUAGGGCCUAUUUACCCGCUUGUAAUGAACGUAGCGUCCGCCAUCGUACCUAGGCGCAUUCUGACUGGCUCGAUUGGGUGGAUAGCUAGCAUUGGUCAAACAGGAUCCGCUACAUUCCCGUUUAUUCUUGCAGUGAUAGCACAACACUAUGGGCUCCAAGUUUUACAGCCACUUUUGAUUGGAACAAUUUCUUUUAUGCUUGGGGUUUGGUUCUUUGUUCCAACUCCAGAUAGGCGCAAAGAUUAA